CUGGACCCGGGGGUCGUGUCUGGAGGGGACACCAGAUCCGUCCUCAGCGCUGCUUGAGCCUGUGCUGCCGCUGGGACGCGCCGGCUGCGCUCCCCAUGCACACGCGUGUACCCACACGCACGCUCCGGCUGCUCCCCACCUUCCCCUCCACCGCUCCGGGAAGAUCCAGCGGGCGGAUCAAGGCACGUCUUGUGGAAUCAAAAGGAUUAACUCCGCGGGGAGCAGCCGCCGGCUUCACAGCGCUCUUGGGAGUUGCGGAGCCAGCCCUUCGGUGGUGGAUAAUCCCCCUCGCUGCUGGCAGCCGGAGCGGCUGCGAAGAGCGAGCAGGGCUGUAGGGUGAAGGGACAGGAGAGGAAGAGGACGAGGAGAAGUGUACGUACACACACGCUCACGGAUGCACGCACACCCGGCAGACAGCAGGCAGCGGCACCGGAGCGGUUGCUGUUUGCGGGGAGGUCUGUAAGGAGCCGAGCGCUGGGUAAAACAAGCUGGAGCAUCAGGAGAGCUGAUCUGUUCGCAUGCAAAAGUCCUCAAGGUAAAACCUGAGAGCGGCCACUCGUCAUCUGGGCUGCCCUUUGGAGGCACCGGGCUCGCUGCUGUUGUGGGCAUCGUCUCUGGCUAUGGGUUUGUUCUUAAAGGAAUCGAUCAGGAGGUGCCGGCAAAAGAAGUUGCUGAGAGCGCGGCUGGCGCGGCUGGGAGCUGCGUGCUGCCGGCUCCCACACGCACUGUGAGCAGCUGAACUUUGUGGGGUUUGAACAUACAUUUCUCCUCUGCGGACACUUCAGGCAGCGCUACAGGAGAGGAGAGGCACGGCACCGCACACCUUGCGCCUACUGGUACCCAAACUGAGCCUGGGGCACAGCAAAGGGGGAUUUCUGUCUCUCCAAGGACCAUCACCUGUGAAAAGGAGCUGGAGAAGGGUGAUUCAUCUUUCUUUUCCAGAUGACUGAAAAUACCUACAGGAUCCUGUCUCUCCAGUUUUCAUCAGUGAGUAGCAUCUGGGGGAGAUGGCUGAGGGACAAAAAUGGUAUCGCUCAAAAUCAUUCUAGCACCUACUUUUUCCCAAGGAACUUCAUGCCCAUAGGGGUUUGCUGCGGGCAUUUCCAGGGGUGAGGACCGACAUCCACAGAUGCAUCCCUACUGGAUCAUGUAAGAAUUUGCAAAUGAGAAACCCACCCCAGCAAGACCUUCUCUGCCCAGUUUGCAGUACAUGGUUUGGUGUAAGCACGGCAAUUCUCGCCUCUUUCUUUCCCUUUUAAAUAUCUUGGGCUUGGAGACCUCUUUCGUCAUUGCAAUUAUGAUUAUUUGCAACAUCAGUGCCAUCAAAGAUUGGAGCACUUUCCUCUCCCAGAUCCUUCCCAGCGUUAACAAGACUCUGAACUUGGUACAGCAAGUGGAAGCCACCACCAGCUCGGUGGUAAGUGUCCUGCAGGACCCUGAGCAGGACAACUACCUGUCCAACAGCCAGUCCAUGAAUUCCAGCAACUUCACGGCUGGCCUGGACCACUUGUUCCAGUACUCGUACUCAGACAAUGACCAGCUUUACAAGGAGUACAAGCCCCCUCCUCGAGACGCCAUUCCUCUGCCCAAGGCUGUCCUCUACCUUCUCAUGGCAGCCCUGGUGGUGGUGGCAGUGGCGUAUGCCAUCGUCGGGCAUCUCAUCAAGGACCUCAUUCAUGACUUUAUAGACUGGAUCUUUGGCCCCAGCCCGGAUGACAACAGCAACAAGAGCGACGUCAACUGCAUCAGCAACAGCGUCAAUGAGAUGAGUGAGAUGCCCGAGGUGCCACGGCGCCGGGACCGCCAGCCCCAGGACGUGGUCAUCACCAUUGGCGAGACCUGCCACUUGCCACAACAGACGUGAUGGGCACGGUGGCUGGGCCAGGUGGGAUGGAGCAGCAGGAAUGGAGUGGAGGGAUGGAGCAGCAAGAAGAUGCAGUGGGACUGCAGCAGCCGCCAUGCAGGACCGGGCAGCGAGAGGAAGGGAAGGGCAGAGCUGGCACCACAGAGCAAAGCCCUUCUCACCCUGGUUUUGCCAGCCUCUAAGGACUUUGCUGGGGUGGGUGGCAUUCCCCUUCUCCCGGGCUCGUCAGUCCUGCCCUGAUGUCUGCCCAUGGGUUCACGACCUCCCUUUCUUCCCUGUGAAUAGCAAAAAAGAAAGGCAAAUGCAAAAUACACCCACCAAA